AUGAUCUGUGCGUUCGCCUUCACGUCCCUUUGGGUAUUCUGCACUUCGGGCCAGGCACAGCAGAUACCAGAACAACGCUUCUUACAAAAGGAUACGACUUCGCCAUUCGUCCAGCCUACAUACCAGCCUCUAAAAUUGGGAUCUAUCCAGCCUCAGGGAUGGUUUCUAGACCAGCUCCAAUUGGAGGCCAGUGGGCUGGCGGGCGACAUGUUUGAUUUCUACCGCUUCGUCGACGACUCAAAGUGGAUCGGUGGCGAGACUGAGUACUCUAUUCUCGAUGAGGCAUCGCCCUACUGGUUCAACGGUAUCGUGCCGCUUGCCUUUGGCCUGAACGACACCAGACUGAAAGGGCAAGUCAAGUACUACCUCGACUAUGUUAUUGACCACCAGCAGAGCGACGGCUGGCUUGGAUUCGAGACCACACAUCAAACUCGGGGGCUGUGGGCUCGUUGCCUCCUUUUGCUGGGUUUAGUGCAAUAUGCUGAAGCCGAUCCCACAGAAACUGACAGGAUAGUGGAUGCGAUGCAUCGAUACGUUGAACUUGCCCAUAGCAUGUUGCAGGAUAACUACACAGGGUUACUCGUUCACGGCGACGACGUAUUUGACACUGCUGGAUUUGGUGUGGGCAGAACUCACGAGUAUCAUAUUCCACUGCAGUGGCUCUACGAAAACUACCCUCGCAACAACUCGAAGAUCAUCUGGGAAACAAUGGAGCUCAUGAUUGAUGGAGGUGUACUCUGGGGCGCAGACUGGAGAACCUACUUUGUCGAGGGGGUCUAUCCAGAGGUAUACUAUGAUGGCAUCACGCCCUGGAAUCUCAGCUGGGUCUUUCUACAUGGGGUCAAUCAUGCAGAAGGCUUACGAUAUCCAUUGGCCAUCUAUCGAAUGACCCACGAAGAGUCUCUAAAAACGCAAACCCGGACGGCGGUAGACUUGCUUGCCAACUAUCACAAGUCCUUGGCGGGAACUAUUAUCGCAGACGAGUACAUCACCGAUCUGAACCCAAAUAGGGGAGCCGAACUGUGCACAGCAGCAGAGAUGAUCUUUUCCCUGUCGUGGAUUUAUCAGUAUCUCGCAGAUAAUGAUCUAGCGGACUGGGCAGAGCAAGUCGCGUUCAAUGCAUUGCCAGCAUCGAUUACCUCAGACUGGUACAGCCAUCAAUAUGUUCAACAAGAGAAUCAGCCAUGGUCUCGUAACCUCACAGACGGAUCAGCUAUGUGGGUUGAUGUGAACUCGUACGCAAAUGUCUUUGGACUGGAGCCCAACUAUCCCUGCUGUACUGUCAAUUUCCCACAAGGAUAUCCAAAAUUCCUCGCCAAUGCCUUUGUGGGCACCGCCGACAGUGGACUGGCUCACGUAUAUCUAGCACCCAGCGACGUCUCCGUAACCUUGAACGGCAAUGACAUUUCAGUAUCCGCAAGCGGCACCUAUCCUUUCGGCACGAGUCUAACCUAUUCAGUUUCUGCUGCGGCACCAUUCUCAUUCUACGUCCGCAUUCCAACCUGGGCAAACAAUCAGAGUACCAUUACCGGCCCAACGGACGUUUCUAGCAAGCCCGUCACUCCAACUGACAAGGGCCUGCAAAAGGUAUCGAUUCCAGCUGGCGAGAACACCACCUUCACAAUCGACCUAGAAACACAACCUCGGGUUGAGAUGAGGGCAAACAACACUGCCGGUAUAUACUACGGCGCGCUGCUGUACAGUUUGGCCAUCGAAUACAACGUGACAGAAACAGUACCGCUGCAAUACCGAACCGAGGCCGUGCUCCCUGCCAACACCACAAACAGCCACACGCACGAUCACAUCAUGGUGCCGACGAGCAUAUGGAACAUUGCAAUUGACCCAUCGCAGAUCCAGGUGGUGCACAAGAACGUGACGGAGAUUCCUAGCCCCGUAUGGGAGCUUGGCGCACCGCCCGUAGAGCUGCGCGUCACCGCUGUCGAGAUUGACUGGCCACUGCUCCAUGACACGCCGGAUAUCCCACCGCUUGAUCCCGUGAUCAAGGGUGAGCCCUUUAGUGCACGCUUUGUUCCUUAUGCGAGCGCCAAGUUGCACAUGGCACACCUACCUGUGGUGUCCUUGCCAAAAGUUGAUCUGUAG